AUGGAUUUCUUAAAGCGAACAUUUGCCGAUACAAGGCUGCGGUAUCAUGUAUCAAAGGUACUUUUUGCGGCUAGCACUUCUUCCGCAAAGCUAUCGACGGAGUGUCUUUUGUUAGCGGAGCAGCACCCCACUCUAGUAUUAGCCGUUCUACGCGAGAACCUUCAGCCGGGUUCUCACCAGUCGUACGCGUACUUGCUGCUACUUGAGAAAAUAGUGGAUGCCUGCAGUUUCUCCUUUCACGCAGCGAUGGCGCUUGACUGCACUCUUCACGACAAACUAGUGAAACUUGCCACCACAAGAGCGGAGGGCGAAGAGAAUCGAAAAGUCCGUCGUUUGGCGCGUCUGACAUUGUUGGAGUACUCACGGAUGUUUGUGGACGUUCCCGAAUUGAAGAGCCUGUCGAGACUUGCAGGUUGUGUGGAAAAAAUUACUGGCAGGAGUUUGAUGCGGUCCAUUGAGGUGGAGAGUAAGAAGGUCACUUUCGUUGACCCGCGGCCAGAAGACAUUAUUUUGAUUAGUCCCACUGAGGUGCCUGCUAAGGCCUCGCUCCCGCCAUCGCGAAAGCCGGCGGUGUGGUCCUGCCAUGUGUGUACAUACAUAAACAGGCCGCACGCCACGGUGUGUGUUGUGUGCAGGACGCCGAAGGCAACGCGUCCCACCUCUCCACCGGUCCACAAGGCAAUUAAUGGGAAAACUGUGCCCGCGGCUGAAAUUCUUAACGGGACCGUAUGUCAUGAGGAAAGAAGCGGUGAUGAAAAGACUGCGACGUCACCGGACAGGAAUGGCUUCUUUGCACCGGCUCCACUUCAAAAGGGCGAGGGGAGUGGGACUACAGGCAAUACCUUGGUAGGAAUUGUCGCUCCCCAUCCCAGAGCAUGA